AAGUCAAAAACCAAAGCAUACAACACGUGAUCGACAAUUAAAUAACAAUUAAAUAAAACUUUUGUUUACAUUUUUGUUUAUCAUUUAGUCAUUAAUAGUAAUUAACAGCAGAGUUAUGACAGAAUCGGCGGUCAGGACUUUGCCCUCAGGUCCGCAACCGGGCGUCAAAUACCCGAUUAAAGUUCUAUAUUGCGGCGAGUGUUCACUUCCCGUCGAGUACUGCGAAUUCUAUCCAAAUAACGCCAAAUGCAAGGAAUGGCUGGAGAGGUCGUUACCCGAAGUUUUCGAGUUAAUGAUGAAAACAUCCAACGGGACAAACUCACAGACGACUACCAAAACUGUCACCAGUGAUGCUGGAGAUGACAAAUCAUCGGAUACGGCUGUUGACGAUGAAUCAGGCGCUGGUGGCGGUGGAACUGUCGGAGAGAAAAGAGGACGACAGAAAAGAGGCGGAAAAGCAUUGGUUAAAACUAAAAGUAAAGGAAACGUCGAGAGAUAUGUCAAAUUGGCCCGAAGUAAUCGGGGAAAGAAAAAAUAUGUCACCGUGGUCACCGGUUUAUCCACAUAUGACAUCGAUUUGAAAGACGCGGCCAAAUUUUUCGCUUCCAAAUUUGCGUGCGGCUCGUCUGUGACCGGAGCCGAUGAAAUUGUCAUUCAAGGAGACGUCAAGGACGACAUGUUUGAUCUUUUGACCGAAAAAUGGCCAGAAAUCGAUGAGGACUCGAUCGACGACUUGGGGGACAUUAAGAAGUAAUGAUGGCUUGUUUUUG